CAUAUGUGAAUAAUGUUAGGUCAAAUUUCGAGUGUUUUUAAAAAAAUGAAUCAAAUUUCGAGUGACCCUAAAUAGGGUCAUCAUGCAAAUUCCCCAAGAACCCCUGGCGACUCUUCUUGGUUUAUAGGGUUUAAGCAUCGCCGGCAACUACUGCUCUGUUUACUCUCUCGACAUACACCAUGGAUCAAUUUUCCGAAGAUCUCGACAAGGAAUUCUGCAACACGAAGAAAUUUGAGAGAGAAGAAGAAGAUGACGACGACGAGGAGCAAGAAGAUGGACAAGACGACUGGGACGAUUGGAAUGCAGACGAGGAAGAAGGAGAUGAAGCAUUUGAUUCGAAUUUUCUGUGUCUUUUCUGCAACUCAAACUACAAUGACUGUGACACUCUGUUCAACCAUUGCAACUCUGUCCACUAUUUCGAUUUUCACAGCAUCAGAAGGGCCCUGGGUUUGGACUUCUAUGGUUCCUUCAAAAUUAUCAACUACAUACGAUCUCAGGUAGCAGAGAAUAGGUGCUGGAGCUGUGGUCUCUCUUGUAAAUCAAACCAGGAUUUACAGAAUCAUUUACACAAAAUUUUAAAUCUCAAUGACAUAAAGGUUCUUUGGGAUGAUGAUAAAUAUCUAAAACCCUUCAGGCAAGAUGAUCCCCUCCUGUACAGUUUUACAGAAGACGAAGAGGAUGAUGAAGAAAUGACUAGAGAAAAUCUUCCAAUUCAUCCAAACCAAAACAAAGAAAAUGGAAUGGAAGAUUGUAGUUCUACUUCACAUGGUUAUUUGAAUACUCCAAGCAACUUAGAGGCUGAGAUUGAGAAAACUGUGAAAACCACGGAGACUUUGGGGUUGAAAGAUGAGAUGCAGGAAGACAAUCAAUUUAAAAUAGCCAGACGAAAUUUUGAUAGAAAGGAUAUAAAAAAUGCAAAUGAAAAUUACUUUGGUUCAUAUAGCUCUUUUGGCAUACACAGAGAGAUGUUAAGCGACAAGGUCAGAAUGGAAGCUUAUAUGGAGGCUAUUUUGCGAAAUCCGUCUCUCUUCCACAAUGCUACUGUGAUGGAUGUAGGCUGUGGAACAGGCAUACUUAGUCUCUUUGCUGCAAAAGCGGGUGCAUCAAGAGUUAUUGCAGUUGAAGCGAGUGAAAAGAUGGCAGCAGUGGCCACCCAAAUUGCAAAAGACAAUGGCCUCUGGUGGAACAGGAAACAAACUGGAGAUUGUGGUGUGUCAAGUGGGACUAUAGAAGUGGUUCAUGGUAUGGUAGAAGAACUUGAUAAGAACAUAGAGAUCAAGCCUCAUAGUGUUGACGUAUUAUUGAGUGAAUGGAUGGGCUAUUGCUUGUUGUAUGAAUCAAUGCUCAGCUCAGUUCUCUUUGCAAGGGAUCGUUGGUUGAAGCCUGGAGGUGCAAUCUUACCAGAUACUGCGACGAUUCUUGUUGCUGGAUGUGGAGUUGGUGGAACUAGUCUUCCAUUUUGGGAAAAUGUGUAUGGUUUCAAAAUGUCUUGUGUUGGCAAGGAACUUGUAAAAGAUGCUGCCAACGCUCCUAUUGUUGACAUUGUGGAUGCUAAUGAUUUAGUAACUAGUCCUGCAAUCCUCCAUACUUUCGAUCUAGCAACUAUGCAUCCUGAUGAAGUAGACUUCACUGCAAGUACCGAGUUGGAACCAAAUUCACAUGAUCCUUCAAACAACUCAAAUAGUGUUGAAGUUGAAGCAUCUUGGUGUUAUGGAGUUGUUCUAUGGUUUGAAACUGGUUUUACAAGCAGAUUUUGCAUGGGAUCACCGGCUGUUCUGUCUACAUCUCCAUAUACUCCCAAAACUCACUGGUCUCAGACCAUAUUAACCUUCAGAGAACCGGUUGCUAUAACAUCUAGAAAAUCGACAUCCAACAUAUCAGCACCAGUAGGUAGCCAUGCCUGCCCUGCUGUCAAAGUUCAUGUGCGUCUAAGCAUUGUCCGUGCGCCUGAACAUCGAAGCAUUGACAUUUCACUAGAGACUACUGGAAUCGCUGGUGAUGGUAGGAAGCGCCUCUGGCCUGUACAACUUUUCACACUAAGAUAGAGUAUGCAAACGUAAAUGACAGAUGCUUGGAUCCUGAAUCAGCAAUUUCAGACAAAAAACUGGUCGUUCCGUUUGUGUUCAGAAGAUUCAUCUAUGGAGUUCGUCAAUUUUGACUCUUAAUCUUUUAUAUGUAAGUUAUAUUAAUAGGCAUUGAGAAUGUAAGCGAGUUAAGCUAGUUAACUUUAGAAUGAUAUUGCUCUCUGUCUCUAAUAUCAUAGUGGUUGUUGAGGCUAUUAGUUUUGUUUUUAUUGUUGUAUUCUAUUGUGUGUAGUUUCAUAACACAACAAUGAAUUUGGUUUUUUAGGAA